AAAGCCAAAGCCCCGCCUCCCUGUGCUGCACUCUAGCAGCUGGGUGGAUGGAGCUUCCGGCUGAGCAGGAUUUCUCAGGUUUGGGAAGCUGAGACGUUAUCACUUUGUGUGGAAUGGCUGCAGUAUGGCAGCAGGUCCUGGCAGUGGAUGCAAGGUACAAUGCUUAUCGCACCCCUGCUCACCCUCAGUUCCGCACACAGUACAUCCGUCGGCGCAGCCAGCUCCUUCGGGAGAAUGCUAAAGCUGGAUAUGAGCCACUGUUUCGCCGCCAGUACCUGAAAGUGCGCAGCCAGCUCUUGGCUCAGCGUUACGGACCCUUGUCUGAGCAGAGUAGUUUUCGAGCUCAUAGUAACAGCAUCCGCAGCUCACGUACUACAUUGGACCGCAUGGAAGAUUUAGAAGAGGAGCCUCGUUCUCAGGGGUCUCGGGGCCACAGGCGGUCAGUCAGUCGGGGUUCUUACCAGCUGCAGGCACAGAUGAAUCGUGUGGCCCAAGAGGACAGGGCACCAGGGAGUGUGGUGCCAACCCCCCUGGCAGAAGCAAGCAGAGCAAUGGCUGGUGACACCACCCUCAGUGAGAACUAUGCUUUUGCCGGCAUGUACCAUAUCUUUGACCAACACGUGGAUCAGGCUGUGCCCAAGGUCCAGUUUGCCAAUGAUGACCGACAUCUUCUGGCUUGCUGCUCUCUGGAUGGAACCAUCUCUGUAUGUCAGCUUGUACCCACUCCGCCAGCCGUGCUGCAGACUCUGCGUGGCCACACAGCUCCUGUCAGUGACUUUGCUUGGUCCUUGUCCAAUGACAUCAUUGUGUCCACCUCUCUAGAUGGCAGUAUGCGUAUCUGGAAUGCACACCAGGGGCGCUGCAUCCGCCAUAUUCCUGACCCAGAUGCUGCCCAAAUGCUGUGCUGCAUCUUUCAGCCAAUCAACAACAACCUUACAGUGGUCGGUAAUGGGAAGCACAAUCUCCACGUGAUGAAUAUUUCCACUGGUAAAAAGGUUAAAGGUGGCAGCAGUAAACUCACAGGGCGCGUUCUGUCUCUGUCCUUUGAUUCAGCGGGACGCAUUCUAUGGGCAGGCGAUGACCGUGGCAGCAUCUAUUCCUUCCUCUUUGACAUGGCCACAGGUAAACUGACAAAGGCUAAACGACUGGUUGUAUCAGAAGGCAGCGCCAUCACCAGCAUCUCUGCCCGGUCCUGGAUCAGUCGUGAGGCCAGAGAUCCCUCGCUACUUGUAAACGCCUGUAUUAACAAGCUGCUUCUUUACAGGGUAGUGGAUAAUGAGGGGACAUUACAGCUAAAAAGGACCUUUCCCAUCCAGCAAACGGCUCACCCAGUACGCAGUAUCUUCUGUCCACUCAUGUCCUUCAGACAGGGCGCCUGCGUCGUGACUGGGAGUGAAGAUUUAUGUGUUUACUUCUUCGAUGUAGAACGUGCAACAAAAGCCAUUGUUAACAAACUCCAAGGACACAGUGCGGCUGUAUUGGGUGUCAGCUUCAACUGUGAUGAAAGCCUCCUGGCCUCCAGUGAUGCUAAGGGCAUGGUCAUUAUCUGGAAGCGCGAGCAGAAGUAGAGCCCAGUGUGACCAACUGUUUCCCCCUCCUUUAUUUAUAAUGUGUGGUUAUGGUCGCUGUGCUUAGUGCGAGUGGGAUGUUUGCUUUGAUGGCGGAGGAAGCGCUCUAGUCCAGACUAUUGAAAGACGGAUGAGGAGUGUGACAGAACUAUUCUACCAUGUGCCAGGAGUGGGCAUGUAAUCCGUUUUAGCACAGAUACCAUGCUGCCAGCCUUUUACAGGAAGUAAAGUAAUGACAGAGCUUUAUUUAAAGCAGAAGUUGGCUACUAUCUUUAAAUCGUCAUGGUGAUAUUUGCUCUUUAGUUCUACCCUGGGCCCUGUGAUGGUGUCUUACAUCCAAUAAAUUCUCCAUUUGCUUUUUUUUUGUUUAAAACCUAUGACUAGAAUUGUCGAAAAGAUGGACAACGUUGGAAUUGGGGUCUUGCGUAUCUUCUGCUGGAGCCCCAUCAUACUGCUUCCUGUGUGUGAUUUUAAUAAAUCCAUUCCCAUAAA